CUGUAUUUACUUCUGCGAAAACACUCUCUACUCUCUUUCUUACGACCUCGGUGUCAAUCAAUCGUUUGAAACAGCUUCCUCUUGUCUUUUGUAUUAUUGAUCACUUUCCAAAAAACCCCUUGUAUCACACACCACACACAGCUUGGACAAUAACUCUCACUGAGCUACCCUGACGUCUGUGCGACGACGACCCUGUACACUACACCAACCAAAUUCCCUCCUUGAACCCAGCCUCUCGAACCACACACGAACGGAUAAACUCCUAUUUUACUCUCCCAAUCCUUCCCCGCAACCUCUAUCCCGAAUCCCCAAGAACCUGCCUCGACCUGAAAACGGAAGAAGAAGACACGAAAAUAAGUGGCCUGUCAUGAUCCGAUAAUCCCCUUUCGCUCCCGCGCUCCCACCACCCCCCUCGAGAUGCCCAUCAUCCAAGGCCUGCUGCGUCGACGCGGCCAGGCCAGCGAGACCGAUCUCAAUCGCCGCCACUCGCUGCUUUUCCCCAGCCCGACAGGAGCUGCGGAUACCAGGGCGGGGAGACUCAGCGAGCAGUUGCCGCGCAGGGACGCUGGCGCGUCAGAUUCGCUCGAGCUGACGCCGCAGUCGUCCGCGCCGGCCAUUGCGUUUUCCUCGACGGAGAAGACGGUCCCGGAGGAUAGGCCGGUGUCACCGCCGGUGCAGGAUGCGACGCCCAAGCAGUCGCGACGGUUCUCGAUGAUGAAGUUUAGGCAUGCGUCGGAUUCGCAGCUGUCGACGAGGGCGAGGCAGCAGGCUGAGGCUGAUGCUGCCCCUCCUAUGCCGAGACCUCCCGAGAUCAUCACAACAGCACCGACUCUCGACGUAAACACCACACAGAAGAAAAAGUCGAAGCUCAAGCUACCUGGCAUAAAACCAUCGGACCCUAAGCCAUCCGCGUUUGACGAACUGAUAAAUGCGUCGAAGAAGGAGAGGAGGAAGACGCUAUCCGAAGGGAACUCGUCAUCCCGUGUUACAUUCGAUGAACCUGUACGUCACAGCUCUCAGGUCCCAGGUGCGAUGCCUCCGCCUUAUGGAGAUGAUGCCGGAUCGACGCUUGCAUUGCCAGUCAAUCGGCUGUCCGAAUCCUCGAGGUCUGAUGGGAGCUCUGCGGACAACCAUGUGUAUGCGCAAACGACUACUACGAUACAGACAACACAUACUACAACUACGUUCUUUAGACUACCGCGGCGAAAGAAGCCUCAGCCGCUCUUUCCCUUACCGCCAAAGGUAGUUCAUAAUGACCAGCCUAACUCGCUUUCCGUACCGGAUAAGUCUGGCAACAACACUAGUAGAGCGAGCACGGAUUCCGGCGCCGCACAAACUCUACGCCUACCGCAAGGCGCCGAUGAUAACGAGGGUGCCGUUCACACCCAUUCUGCCAUCGCUAAGGCGUCUAUGCUGUUUGCAGCCCCUGGGUCACCAUUGAUCCGCCGCGACUCGACGGCCUCCAACAAAUCUUCCCCUACUCGACGUGGCCUCAGGGGCAGGUCUUCUACCCUGACAUCUUUGAGAAACGGGCAGGCCGAUGAGCCAUUAGAUACUCCGCCUCUUCCGUCCAGCCGCACGUCGACGUCGACGGGCAGGAAGAGCUUCGGGGAUAUAUUCAACUUGACCCAUCGCCUUCGCCCUGACCCAAUGCCUCACGCUUCCGGACAAGCAAGUCCACUCUCUGCUACCUCGAAAAACAACUCGAUCCAAAUCACAAGAGAGCCAAUUAUCAUACCCGAGAGACAUCAGGAUGAUAGCCCGGCAAAGUACCUCCUGCGGCUGGAAGAGGCUGUAAGUCGAGGCGCCGUUGCAAGUGUCUUGUCGAAAGGCAGCGAUACGUUCUCACAGCAGGUUCUCCGGAGCUACAUGCGUGGGUUUGGGUUCUUCGGCGAUCCUAUGGAUAUGGCCCUCCGCAAGCUUCUUAUGGAAGUCGAACUGCCCAAGGAGACGCAGCAUAUCGACAGGUGUCUGCAAUCGUUUGCACACCGGUACCACGAGUGCAACCCAGGCAUCUACGCUUCGCCCGAGCAGGCAUAUUUCAUUGCAUUUUCGUUGCUGAUCCUGCAUACCGAUGUCUUCAACAAGAAUAACAAGAAUAAGAUGCAGAAGCAGGAUUAUUGCAGGAACACCCAGGGAGAGGGAAUCUUUGACGAGAUCUUGGAGUGUUUCUAUGACAAUAUUUCGUACACGCCCUUCAUCCAUGUGGAGGAUGAUCUUGAUAUCAAUGGCGAGCGAAUUGUCCAGCACAAGUCGAAGAAGAAGAGUUUAUUCCCUCGGUCGAGUAUGGAUCCGAUGAAGCGCCCUUCGAAAGAGCCUGUUGAUCCGUAUACUCUCAUUAUCGACAGCAAGCUUGACUCGUUACGGCCCAAUCUGAAGGACGCAAUGAACUUGGAGGAGCACUACAGCUACAUUGGUACUGCGCUGUCCCUCAAUCUGGACGACUUGCAGCGAACAUUCUUCAGAACAGGUGUUUUGCAGAUUAUAUCUGCAAGGUCACGCCCCGAUGCCUUCAUGUCUGACAAGACGGUCAUGAACCCCGAGGAAGCACACCCUGGAAUCGUCGAUAUCAAGAUCACCAAGGUCGGCUUACUAUGGCGCAAGGACCCGAAGAAGAAGAAGACGAGGUCCCCUUGGCAGGAAUGGGGCGCAAUUCUCACAGGAGCGCAGUUAUACUUCUUCCGCAAUACCGCCUGGAUCAAGAGCUUGAUACAUCAACACGACCACCACGUCAAGCAGGGUAAUGAUGGCAUUCCAGUCACCUUCAAGCCCCCGAUUGAAUCUUUCAAACCGGAUGCAUUGAUGUCAACGGAUGAUGCUGUCGCCCUGCUCGAUUCUACGUAUAAGAAGCACAAGAACGCGUUCCUCUUCGUUCGCCAUGGAGGCUUCGAGGAAACAUUCCUGGCUGACAACGAAGAUGAAAUGAAUGACUGGCUCGCGAAGCUCAACUACGCUGCAGCAUUCCGCACAGCCGGCGUGAGAAUGCGUGGCGUGGUUGGUGGGAAUUACGAGGGGCAGCGCACUCGUGGGAUUAGGAGGCUGGGCAGCGCGAACUCCGGACGCUCUGUGCAGACUCCUACUGGUGAAGUUCAGAUUAUCAGCGGAAAGAUCGAUCUCCAGAUGGCCCAAGAUAUCCUGGCCGCAAGGAGAGAGAUCAUGAUGCAGAAGAUUACAGAGGCAGAGGAGAAGCUAGCUAUUGCUACUAAGCAAUUAGACGCUCAGCUUCGGAAUGCUCGUCACUUGCAAAUCCUCGCACCUAUCCAGCCAAAGACGAGGGAACAAGUAGUAUUGGCAGCUGGCCGCAUGUCGGCAAAGCUGAGAUGGGUCCGUAUGGAGAUCUGGAGGUUGAGAUGUCACAGGGAUAUCCUGUCCAUGGACUUGGAUGAAGAAGUGAAGACCGGGGAAGGUGAAAAGCCCGAGCCGCUACUCCCUACUUCCAACCCCUCGGGGGAAUCCUUGGCCAAACAAAACGACCGCGACAGUCUCGCCGCAGUGAGUUCCAGGAACAGCGCUGCUCUCUCUCCUCAACAGAGCUUGCAAUCUCAGCACCCAACUCCGAUACCACAGGCAUCACCGAGUGAUUUCGACAUCGACAAUUUCUUCACCAGUCCCUCAGCCGCACAGAGUGCUUCAACUUUCCACAAAGCACAAGCAUCAUGGGAACUCCCACCUCUGAAAUUCGACGGGCCAAGGAAACAGCCCUCCCCCGGUGUUGGCGCACAACCAAGGAGCCCAGUACUAUCCCACACAUCCUCAUACCCCCGCAUGACCCCCACCACCUCCGCAGACCCACAACGUUCCGUCUCCUCCCCCCAUGAAGACGCCGGCGAGAACAUCGCCUUGGAACAAGCGGGCCUCAUCGACACAACCCUAGCAUCCGACUCCAUCGCCGAAGAACCCCCCACCACCGCCACCACCGACGACGCCUCAUCCCGCCCCUCCGACUCCACCGAGAAAGAGAAAGAGAAAGAGAAACUCGAACGCGGCAAAAUCCGUCGCAGCAUCCACCGCACCCUCCGCGACGCGCACGUCCCUACCCAGCACCGUAGUCGGAAGGGCAAGGACUCUUCGUCCUCGGCGGCGAAGGAGGGGGAGGAGGUGGUGAGGGAUGAUCAUUUGGCGAGGGGGACGGGCAGCUUUGUCAUUCAUGGGAAGAAGGCUAGUGUUAUUACGUUUGGGGAUGCGUUGGCGAAUAUGUCUGCCGAGGAGAGGAUGAGGUUGAAGAAGGCGGCGCAGGCGCAGGAGAGGGGAUCGAGUGUGGAGAGGGAGGGGGAGGUGCGUGGUGGUGACCGCGGUGGUGUGGAUCAUCGUGGUUCGGAGGCGAGUACGAAUACCCUCGCCGCAAGAAGCUUUAGGGAGUUGCAUAAUCGCCUCUCUGCCCACGCGGCGACGCUUGAAUUGGGAGAGGGCGGUAUGGCGAGCGAUAGCGAUGCGGCUGUGAGCAUGCUCUCCGAAGAAGAGGGGGUGAGGACCCCGUUGCCGGUGGUGGAGGAUGUGGAUGAGGAUGAGGGGAUGGGGGGGUUCAAGCAGGCUGCUUUUUAUACGCCGGAGGUGCCGGGGACGCCUGCUAAGACUGAUACGCCUGGGAAGGGGAAGGGGAUGGAGUAGUGAGGUGGGGGGUGACGAUUGAACACUUUGCAACCUUUUUCUUUGAUGUAUUUUUUUGGGACUUUUGGGGGGGGGGAGCAAAGACGCGGUUUUUUGAGCGUGCAGCGAGGGACGGCUGAUGGAUGGAUGCCCUCCCGAUACGACGACCUUUUCAGGGAUUCCUUUUUUGUUACUUGUAUAUUUGUGGGGUAGGCUGGCGCAUUGGGGGUGUUUUGUGUUUUGAUUUGGGGGACUGGGGAAUGUAAGGAGGGAUGGGGUGGUGGUAGGAUGGGGUGAGGGGUGUUUAAUAGAUGUCGGCCGGGUAUAUGAACGAUGUGCUGCCGGCUGGAUGGUGUAGCCUGGGCAUGGGGAUAGGGGGAGAUGAUGUUGGCAUGAUAUUCGAUUAGAUAAAAGAGUGAACCGGGGGAUGGCGGGAAUAGAAGAAGAUUCCCUCUUGCAAAA